AUGAAGCAUCCUCCGAAGUCUAUCUUGAUAGUAAACAAGCUCAGAACGCAGCCUGUAAUCCUCGCCAUCGACGCCUUCCUUGAGCAUGUGCACACGAAGUAUCCUGGCGUACGAGUAUUUCAUGAAGACAGGCCUGAUAUACCUCAUGGGGCGGAAGUUUGGCAAGGUGCAAAGGUACAGCCCAUUGAUCUCGUCGUGACCCUCGGGGGCGAUGGGACAAUUCUACAUGCAUCCUCGUUAUUCAGUACUGCGGCGGUCCCACCCGUGCUAAGCUUCUCGAUGGGUACCCUUGGCUUUCUCCUUCCGUUCCACAUUGACGACUUCUCAAGAGCACUGGAAAGCGUGUUCCAAGGCAAGGCAACUAUUCUCAACCGAAUGCGACUGGCAUGUCGAUUUUACGACCAAGAAUUGAUGAACAUAAGCAAAGAUAAUGACGAUUGGCAAGUGAUGAAUGAGAUUGCCUUGCAUCGUGGAUCAAGUCCUCAUCUGAACACCAUUGAUAUCUUUGUUGAUGGUCAACAUCUGACGGAGGCUGUCUCAGAUGGUCUGAUAGUUUCCACACCGACAGGUUCUACAGCCUAUUCUUUGUCUGCUGGGGGUCCUAUUGUGCACCCGUCGCUGAGCGCACUGGUACUCACUCCCAUCUGUCCGCGGAGCUUGUCUUUUCGGCCAUUGGUGUUUCCUGCCUCAUCGCUUAUAACACUGAGGAUCGGAGAUCGCAGUCGGUCGCCUGCCGGCGUUUCGAUGGACGGUAGGGUUUCUCAUGUCCUCAAUCCCGGAGAGUCGGUGAAUGUUCAAGCUUCGCCAUAUCCCGUCCCGUGCAUUAACCGCUCGUCGAUCGUCGAGGAGCAGUCGAAUGUCGAAGGCGCCGGACCCGGUAAAGAAGACGACUGGGUUCGGGAUAUCAACAAUCUGCUUCAGUAUAACGCCACAUUUAGAAGCAAGGCUCUACUUCGACAUAGCCGUACAUGA